AGGAUGUUUAAUUAAAUAAUAGUAAUGGAAAAAAUAUAUUAAUUUGUAACUAUAUAUAAAUUUUUAGAUGAAGUUACGUUUUGUAGAAGUUGUGUUAAUGUGAACAAAAUAAUAUAAAAAUUGGGCAAAAUCUAACCAGUAAUGUUGAGAACAUCAUGUAAAUUAUUUUAUACAUUUAAAAUAAAAAAGAAUUUAUGGGUUCAACGAGCAACAUGUUCUACAGUGAUGAAAAGUAAUAUCGAAAAUAAUCCUCUGCACUUUCCAAAACACGAACUUAAAAUUUUACAACUAGUUAAUACAAGUAAACUGAACAAAUUAACACAAUUCAUAUCGGCAUCAUAUGCUGAAACAUUAAUAUCAAUGCGUACCAGCAAUGGACCUUAUAAAUCAUUAAAUGAUGUAUUAUUAAAGACUGAAAUAGAUGUUGAUAGUUGGAACAAGUUUUGUACUUCAGUCAUUAAGUAUCACACGAAGCAUAAAUGGAAGAAGUUCGUAAAACAUGAUAUAUACACAACGACAGCACAGAUGCCAGCAAAAAUAUUGGGUAUAAAUGUAGGACCCACUGCAAUAACUUGGACAUUAAUAGAUUGUAAUUUUAACGUGUUAGUUUGGGAUUCCAGAAUUUGGUGGAGUAACUCUUUGGAAUAUGAUAUAAUCAACUCUGUACCACUUCUUGUCCAACAAUUACCACUAUCUAAUUCUUAUGUGAUGGAAGAGCUUAAAGUUAAUAAAAAAUCACAUGCUUCAUUAAUAAUGCAAUAUCAGAUAGCCAAUUCUAUUGGAAGCUGUAUUAAAUUACUAAUAAAUCAAAGAACAAAUAAUUCGAAUUCAUCAACAGAUAUUCUGUACAUAUUAAAAUCUUUGACGACAGCGCGUUUUUUUAAUCUUCUGAUUGUAUCUGAAGUAAUUGCUACAGAGUGUAUUAUCGAACAAAUAUUAGAUGAUACCAAGAAAGAUAAUGAAUGGUUGCGGGACAUACGCGUAGGCUAUGAAUUAAAACAAAAAUAUAUGCAAAAAGAUGCAAUUGAAAGAGAACAGAUGGGCCGGUCUCUAUUGACAACUUUAGCUUGUUUACAUAUUAUUAGAAGUUGUAUAGUCUAAUUUCAUUAAUAAAAUUUGGUAUUGUUUGUUAAUUAAAAAUUUAUUUUAUACAAAAAAUGUAAAUAUCACAGAAAUUUGAAUAAGAAAACCAUUAGGUAUGAGAAUAAUAAAAAAUAGAAU